CUGACGUUUAUGUAGAAAAUUUUGAGUGAGAAUCAGUAAUAAGCCAUCUGAAAAAUACUAUUAAAUUAAUAGAAAAUCUGGUGAAUUCGGGGUUUUUCAACAAAAAUUUUGCAUUUUGGUAUAACAAAUAUUUAUCUAAACAAGAGCACAACCAUAAAUUAACAACCACGAAUGCGGUGAAAAACUACAAUAAAUAUUAAUAAAGUUUCUUCGCCGUCGCUAUUGUAAAAGUGUUCUCACAAUUAGAGUAUAGCUGACGCCAUCGUUAUUGGACAAAUGCCUUACAUUAUCAUACGCGGCAAUUUAGCGUCAUACAGCCAUAAAUAUCCCUGGCGUGUCUUGGUUUCCGGCCUAAAAGCGGAUGAAAUUGAGCAGUUGAAUAAAUUUUCAUGUGGCGGUUACAGUGAUGAGACAACAAUAGUUUAUCUGGUGCAUCCAUGUCGAAUUUUAUCAGCGCUUGAGAUUUUAGGUUUUCGUGUGGUCGCUUCUUCCUCAACAUCCGUUAAGCAGGACUACAACGAGUAUAUGUGGACUAUGCGCAAAGAGUUCCACGAACCAGAGCCGCUAGAAACAGAAUCCGUUGUGCGUGAGAAUCUUUCGAAUAUAGGACGCGAAGCAGCUGGUUUGGGCAGCUAUCACAAAGUUGACUCGCCUGAAUAAGAAAUUAAAUAAAG